UUCGCCUUCAUACUCACAAUAUUGUUACUAUCUUACUAUGAUACGGAUAACACCUAUAGGUUUCCGAAAGAUCCGGUUCAAAAUCUACGGUGGAAGCAGGCGUUAUCAUCAAUUUGGCACCUUUUGUCAGAAGCUUUCACGAAUGACGAAUCACAGCAAAGGAUAUGCUCGAACCAUUUCCGGGAGCAAGAUUUUUACAUGGCUGGUGGGAAGAAAAGAUUAAAAUGUUGCGCAGUUCCAAGUAAAAAUCUGGAAUGUUUUGAUUAUCAGGUCGACGGUAAGGAGAAUCGGUGCCCUCAGACGACAGUCUGGCAAAACAAAAAUUCCGAAAACAGCAACAGUCAUUUAUCUACGAUAAGGAUACCGCUAUCAGAGCAUCCACGGAAUAUUCCAGACCUCACAGCGUCGAGAAGUCAGCAGGCUAUUCAAUCGAUUCAACCGUUGACGAAAACCAACAAAAUUGAUGCAAUUGAAUUGAAAAGAACACCGAGCAUCACGUUACCGGAUACGAACUUCACGCGCAAAGUCGAUGAUCCUGGCGAAAUUUCAUCAUUAACGGAUGGUGUCGAAAUCCCUACAAAGAAGCGACAACUUUUCCGUUAUGCUGGCGACAUCAAAAACGUCGAUGAAUUGUCGUUGGACGAGUCUAAACUAGCUCUUCGCGUAGUGCAGCAGCAAUUGAAGAAGUCUCAGGGGGACAUUAAAAAACUGAAACAGCGGAAUCUAAGACUUAAAAGGAAAAACAAAUCGUUAGAAUCUAUAUUGGAGGAGUUGAAGAUUAAAGGACUAAUAUCAGCCCAAGGGCAGAUACUUCUCCAGCCCUUCAGUGUAGAUUCAGAACUACAAAAAGAAUUAAUCCAUGGGAGGAAAGGACAACCGUGCAGUACAGCUCUACGUUCCUUUGCGACUACACUCCUAUAUUAUUCGCCGAAAGCUUAUCGAUACGUGCGCGAACAGUUUAACAAAAAACUACCCCACGAGAACACUGUAGUAAGAUGGUAUAGACGUAUUGGUGGAAGUCCUGGCAUCACAGAUGAAUCAAUAGCGGUUUUAGAAACCAAAGCGAAGGAGCGCGCUGUGGAAGGCAAACAACUUUUCGUUGCUUUAUGCAUGGACGAAAUGGCCAUUCGUCAACACGUCCAAUUCAACACAUCUACCUGCAAAAUCGAUGGAGGCGUGGAUUAUGGUGGAAUGUUACCCGGUACGGAAUCGGAGGACAAAGUCAUGCAGACAAUCGAGAUGCGUUUACUAUAA